GUCGUCUACGUCACUCUCAUUCAGAGUCCUGAAUCGAUUUACAGGACUUCAUUAACGUUCGCUUCCGAGCGGGCUUCUCUUGAAGCAGCUGUUAUGGCCAGCAGCUCUCUCCCUGUUCCUGUCGCCGUCCAGACCCUUUACUCUUUAUUUUUUUUAGGUUUUAGUCCUUGGUCUUUAGUCCUUGGUCUUCAGCCCUUAAUCUUUGGUUUUUGCAGUAUAAUAUUUCUUUGUUCUAAUCACAUCUAUGUCCAUAGAACCAUGCAUAAAUUCGGCGGCUGGAUUGAAGAGGAGUCUCCAGAAGCCAGUAACCAAAAGAGACAGGGGUUAGCAAAGGAUCUUACCUGCGUGGGCCUGGAGUCCUGGACGAGUCGCGGUGCGCGAGCCCAGUGGUAUAGAGAAUUUGCAGGCAGCAGAUGACUCGGGAGUUGGGACACUACGAACGGCUAGGACAUGUGGGAGCUACCGUGGAAUUUUCUCGAAGCUCGUUGGUACUUGGUACCAGUUGCUGGUGCUGAGUCACGGGCAUGUUGUGACUCAGGCAAGGGACUAUUA